GCUUAGCGUUGCAAGGCGAGCCUCUCUCUUUGGGAGAGGAAAAAGCACCCUUCUUUUCGUCUUUUUCCCCAGAGGUGCCAAGGGAAGGUGGGAGAUGGGGUGUUGAGUCAAUUUGGGGGGCAAAUGAGGAAAUAAGGUGGUUGGAGUGGCGCAAGGAAACCUCGACUGGCUUUGGAGCAGGAACGCAGGUGGGAAAGCAUUUCUUUUUGGAACAUGGCUAUACAUCCCUGAAAAUAUACAACAUCCCUGUGAUUCCGGCCAUGAAAGCCUUCGACGACACAUUUCUUUCCACCUUGGAUGCUGUUUCAAACCUGGAAGUGGGAGAAGAAGUUGGGAGACCCACCUGAGGUUUUUUCUGAGUGUUUGGAUGCCUUUGUCCUGGAGAGCAAGCAGCUGAGCAGAUCCAAGUGAGAAGCUCUUCUUUCAUUUGCUCAUCGAGGCUCAAGGUCCAAGUCCUCAUGGAGUCUGGGAACGCCGUUGCCAACCUGUAGCCACAGAACUGGGAUGUUGACGUGGAAGUGCCUCCUCCUUUGGGCUGUGCUGGUCACAGCCACACUGACCACGGCGAGGCCGGCGCAAACCCUGCCAGAGCAAGUUCUGCCCAAAACAAGCAUUGAAGUGGAGUCGUUGUCGGCUCAUCCCGGGGACCCCCUCCAGUUGCGCUGUCGGCUCCGCGAUGAUGUUCAGAGCAUCAACUGGGUUCGAGACGGGGUCCAGCUGGCUGAGAACAACCGGACACGCAUCACAGGGGAGGAGGUGGAGGUCAGGGAUGCGGUGCCCGAGGACUCCGGGCUCUAUGCUUGCAUGACCAACAGCCCCUCGGGAAGCGAGACCACCUACUUCUCCGUUAACGUCUCAGAUGCUCUUCCAUCCGCUGAAGAUGAUGACGACGACGAUGAUUCCUCCUCAGAGGAGAAGGAGGCAGACAACUCCAAACCGAAUCAAGCGAUUCCACCUUACUGGACGUAUCCAGAGAAGAUGGAGAAGAAGCUCCAUGCAGUCCCAGCUGCCAAGACAGUGAAGUUUAGAUGCCCAUCCAGUGGGACCCCCACCCCUUCGUUGCGUUGGCUGAAGAAUGGCAGGGAAUUCAAACCCGACCACCGUAUUGGGGGAUACAAGGUUCGCCAUGCAACCUGGAGCAUCAUCAUGGAAUCCGUGGUGCCGUCAGAUAAAGGCAACUACACCUGCAUUGUGGAGAACAAAUACGGAACUAUCAACCACACCUACCAGCUUGAUGUUGUUGAGAGGUCCCCUCACCGGCCUAUUUUGCAAGCUGGCCUCCCCGCAAACAAGACCGUCUCCUUGGGUAGCAAUGUAGAAUUUGUUUGCAAAGUCUACAGCGACCCUCAGCCUCACAUCCAGUGGCUGAAACACAUUGAGGUCAACGGGAGCAGGAUUGGGCCAAACAACUUGCCCUACGUGCAGGUCUUGAAGCACUCGGGGAUUAAUAGCUCUGAUGCGGAGGUGCUGACCCUGUAUAAUGUGACAGAGGCUGAGAGCGGGGAGUAUGUUUGUAAGGUUUCCAAUUAUAUUGGUGAGGCUAACCAGUCUGCGUGGCUGACCGUCACCAGACCCAUGGCUGAAGCCAUGGAAGACAAGCCUGCGAUGAUGACCUCCCCGCUGUACCUGGAGAUCAUUAUAUACUGCACCGGGGGGUUCCUCAUCUCCUGCAUGAUUGUGACCGUCCUCCUCUACAAGAUGAAGAGCACCACCAAGAAGACGGACUUCAACAGCCAGCUGGCCGUGCACAAGUUGGCCAAGAGCAUCCCUCUGCGCAGACAGGUAACAGUCUCGGCUGACUCGAGCUCUUCCAUGAAUUCAGGUGUGAUGCUCAUGCGCCCCUCGCGGCUUUCUUCCAGUGGGACUCCAAUGCUGGCCGGUGUUUCUGAGUACGACCUGCCAGAAGACCCUCGCUGGGAGCUACCCAGAGACAGGCUGAUUUUAGGUAAACCCUUGGGAGAAGGCUGCUUUGGGCAGGUGGUUCUCGCAGAAGCAAUAGGCCUGGACAAAGACAAACCGAACCGAGUAACUAAAGUGGCCGUAAAGAUGCUCAAAUCCGAUGCCACGGAAAAAGAUCUGUCUGAUUUGAUUUCUGAGAUGGAGAUGAUGAAAAUGAUUGGCAAGCAUAAGAACAUCAUCAACCUCCUCGGGGCUUGUACGCAGGAUGGUCCCCUCUAUGUGAUAGUGGAGUAUGCCUCCAAAGGCAACCUGCGGGAAUACCUUCAAGCCCGGCGACCCCCAGGCAUGGAAUAUUGCUACAACCCCACCCACCUCCCCGAUGAGCAGCUCUCCUUCAAAGACCUGGUCUCCUGUGCCUAUCAAGUGGCCCGGGGCAUGGAAUACCUGGCAUCCAAAAAGUGCAUCCACCGAGACUUAGCCGCCAGGAAUGUGCUGGUGACGGAAGACAGUGUGAUGAAGAUUGCUGAUUUUGGCUUGGCGCGAGAUAUCCAUCACAUAGAUUACUACAAGAAGACGACAAAUGGUCGCUUGCCGGUCAAAUGGAUGGCCCCUGAGGCUUUGUUUGACAGGAUAUAUACCCAUCAGAGUGACGUGUGGUCCUUUGGAGUUCUGCUGUGGGAGAUCUUCACGUUGGGUGGAUCGCCGUAUCCAGGGGUUCCCGUGGAAGAACUCUUCAAGCUGUUGAAAGAGGGCCAUCGAAUGGACAAGCCCAGCAACUGCACCAAUGAGCUAUACAUGAUGAUGCGAGACUGCUGGCAUGCCGUUCCCUCCCAGAGACCCACAUUUAAGCAGCUGGUAGAAGACUUAGAUAGGAUUGUGGCCAUGACCUCAAACCAGGAAUACCUGGACCUCUCCAUGCCACUGGACCAGUAUUCUCCCAGUUUCCCAGACACCCGCAGCUCCACCUGCUCUUCUGGAGAGGACUCUGUGUUUUCCCACGACCCCCUUCCUGAUGAACCUUGCCUUCCCAAGCACCCCCCUCAGCUUGCCAAUGGAGGACUCAAAAGACGCUGACGUCGCCGCUCUCGUGGGACCCUUUGCGAGCCCGCUGUGCAUACACGUGUGGUGCUCAUGUGUGUUAACGAGUGAACGCGGGUGCGCACGUCUGUGCACUUUCUUCCCAGCUGGACUGGUGACGGAGCCCCUCUCGAGGCAGCCGUCAGGGUCACAUUAAGCUCACGUAUCCAAAUGCCGAGACUCCAUUCCAAAUAACUGAAUUCGUAAUGCCAUCUUCUCCUUGACACUGCCAUUAUUGUGAGCCCCUGGAAGAAGAGUUGGUAGGGGAUUUGUGCUUUCCACAUUAUUCAUCGACCGCAGUUGAGCUGUUGUUGUAUUUUGCCCUUUUUCGAUAGUGUCUGGCAAGAACAACAAAAAGGAGACUUGGAUACCGGCUCCUAGAUAGCAAUGUGCUGUUACUUCUUUGGAAAAGGAUCCUGGACAAAUAACAUUCCUUCAAAGAGGAGUCUUUUCUUGCUCCCUGUUCUUACUUGCAAAUUGAAGCAACCCAACCUCUUAACAGCUCGAUAAGCUAAAUAGCAGAGCUGCGGUGCCAACCCUGUGGCACCCACUUGUUACAGAUCCAGCUGCAAACGGGGAUGUUUUCCGGCCUCCAGCUGCAUCCCUUCCCUUUGGAGUGCCUACUCAUACUCUGGUACCAAUCUGGAGUCCAUCCCUGUGACCGUUUCCUCAUUCCGGCGCUCCCACGGCGCAAUCCUGUGCCUCUCUACUUGGAAGUAGAAAACACGUGUACGAUCGCAGCCUCACUUUGUGCUUUGCUGACCAAUCCCAGAAGCAUCCCGGUCCAAAAAGCAUCUCCAAAGCAGCGGGAUAAAAGGAGGCAGCCAAAUGGGACCAGGACUCAGAAGUUCCAAACAGACAGACAAACAAAUGUCUUGUGUAUAUAGCUGCAAAAUGUAUAAAUAUGAAUUAUAUAUUUACAUGUCUUUUAAAAGUGGUUGUUACCAGAGAUAAUAAUAUCACUUUGGCUAGUAAGUUACUAGUGGCUGGUAGGUAUCAUCAGUUGCUAUAAAAAAAACAAAUCAUAUAUUUUGCUACUUUUUGCUGUUUUGGUUUUGUUUAUUUUUUAAAUUAUGUUCUAAAACUUACUUCGGUUUAGGUAUGUCAAUAAACAUUGCUGCUGCUUCAGUUGUUAUA